AUGAGGGGUGCUUAUUUAGAUGGCAAUUGCUCACCGGAAGAAAGGAAAACACGAACUCAGUGGUGGGGUAAACUUGACACCGGUAAAACUGCGCAUUCUAAAGAAUCGAGAAAUGCUGGGGACGCUACGAAUCAGUAUCUGCUAAAUACUGAUGGCUCAGCAACAUGUUUUGCAAGUCAAGCUUCUGAUGCUGAUCGGAACGCAUUAUUAAACAAUCUGAUUUCUGGAAAUGCGCUAACGAGUAGUGAUGGUUUUCAUGGACGAGCAUCUGUUUCUGAUGAUGACGAUGAACCUGCGAAUGUUAUGUCAUGGACUGAAUCACCGCAAACCAGCGAUAAGUUAAUACAAAUUGAAUUGCGGAAAUCACAGUUCUGUGGUUUGAACAUUCAUCGUAACAUUCAUCAUCGACGACGCUCCUCACAGGUUGCUGAACAAGUUUGGCGAAUGCGGCAAAAGAAGCAAGCUCAGGGCCUGAAAGAUGAAAAUUUAUACAGUAGCGAUAAGGAAGCAUUGUCAGCUGCAAUUCCAGUUUCCGAUGAACACGGUAAGUUGAAAAUAGCUGUUGACAGAUUGCCGAUUCUGGAACAUUCUCUAUCGCAACGCAAAGCUUCCGAUUCAGGCCACUUACGCCACACCGGAGCUUUGCUGGCCAGGUUUGUCAGUAUAUCCAUCAGUAAGCAUUCAAGAAAAUAA